AACAAACAUUGUAGAUGUGCUACUUGACUUGCCGUUGCCCUGUUUUUGUGAGUAAAUAACACGAGAAUAUAAAUCCAUAUAGGCUGCGUAUUCUAUAGAAUCAAUAUGCACAGAAUAAGUUCGCGCUUAAGUCAAAAAAUAGCGGAGGAAGCACAACUUCUAGAGGAAGAAAAAUGGAUUAUAGACGCACUGAGAAAACUCAAACAGCAAAGAAAUGGUUUACAGAUUGAAAAACUACAUUUAGAAAAUUUAAGAGCAUCUGUUUUGAAUGAGGAACUAAAGAAUAGAUUAUCAGCGCCAAGUAAUGUUGCUACAAUAUCAACUAAUGUUGCCAUGUUACAAACUGGUGUUACCGCUACACCACUGAGUGCAAAUAGUACUACAGCACCAAAUAAUGAUACUUCAAUAGGUAAUAGUAAUGAGGCUGGUCAACCUGGACCUUCCAUGUCUCUAGUGCCAUCUCCACCAGAAGAACCAAGUGUCCCUAUAACAUCUUCAUCUCAGUUUGAAGUACCACUCAGCAAUAUUGAUGAUGAUAUUUGCAACACUGAAAAACUUAAUUUGUCUGUGACAGACUCUGUUUUUGCCAAUAGGAAUAUGAACAGGUCGGAUAUGGAAGAAGAUGAAGAAGAUAUGGAAAAUGGCUUAGAGGAUGAUGAGGAUAUGGAGAACUAUUUAAUAGAAAUGAACAUGUUGAUGCAAUCAAAACAAUGAUGACUGCUAGCAAAGGUCGCAUAGAAUACCAGGUCAAUGAUCUUGAUACCCACAACAAGAUUGGGCUGCAGAUUGCUUAUUACAGCUGAAAAACAUAUGUUACGAAGGUGAGA